AUGGCGACCCUUCUGAAGAGUGAGGCUGCGUUCGAUGAGCGAGCUCGUGAGUGUGGGCUACCGGAUGAGGAGCUGGGGCGGCUGAAGACUGCGGGGAUCAAGACGAUCUCGCUCCUAGCUUUCUCGACCAGUGCUCCAGGUGUUCAGCCUUCUGAGGAACAACUGAGGUCCCUUCUCCGACCGCUGGCACCUGAGUCGGUGAGUGUUGGAGUUGUGGCAGCAAUCCGACACUUGAUGUUUGAAUGUCAGACGCUUUGCUUGGCUCACGUCAAAGCUUCAGUUGAAGGAAAUGAAAAAAGGAUCGAAUUGGCACCAGCUGAGAGGACCACUCGGAUACUCCAGCAGAAGGCCAAAAUGAAGGGUCUUACCUUGGUUGGGCAGCUCGAGUGCUCGUAUGCUUCUUACGACUAUGUGGGGGCGAUGAUCGAGAAGGAUAGCCCUAUGUACUUGGAACCGCACCGGUUCGACUCGAGAGCAGCUGAGGUGGCGCGUGAGCGCCCUGGCAAAGAGCUCAUUUUGGACCACAACCGCAUUUCUGUGCGUGACAAGGCAGAUAAAUACAAGUGCGCGAUACAAGAUCCAUUGGCACUGUCGCAAGCCCUGCAGCGACGGGCCCUUGCUUCCGAUCUCAUGGGGGCAUGCACUUACGAGGCGAUGCAUGCCUGGCACUCCUUUCUUUUAGACAGGAUGCAGCAGCAGGCUCCGCCGGGCUGGUCACGCCCAUCGAUUGAACAGGUGCUCAGAACCGACAGGGCUGGUUGGGUACGCAUGUCGGAACAGGUGAAGUCACUUCGGAGAGAUUCGUCGGGCAAUUUGCCCCUCGAUGAUGCCCUAGGGAAGUUGACGAGCGACCCUCAUGUGUUGUUCCAUCUCUUACCCCUCAAGAGCUCUGAGGUUAAGCCCGAUAAGCCGGAUAAGCCACCAAAACUUCCACAUGGUGAUCCGGAUAAGAAGAGAAAGCCGAACAGUCCCAACAAGCAAGAUUCUGGCAACAAGGUCCAGAAAGCAGAGCUUCCGGACGAGCUUAAGAACAUUACUGGAUUGCGGAUGGCAACCGAGGCAGGUGAAAAGUUCUGCUGGCCCUUCAAUUGCAAGAAAGGCUGCAAGUUCGCAAAGGCUGGCAAAUCCUGCCGUCAACCUGUUGUGGUUCCGCCCGCUGCGCCGAUGACAAGUGCAGCCAAGCGUGUGAAGGUCUGUCAGACCGGUGAGGCUUUGGAAGCUUCACUUGACUCUGCAUGCGACCCUAAUCCCUUUCCCGCCGGUGCCCUGCAUUCGAACCAGCAGGAUGCCCUAAUUAGUCAUAACCACUGUGCCAAACGAUUGACUUGCAAGUUCAUGGAUUCAGUUUUGCCUCUUGAACCGGCUUCGUCACCUCCGGCUGAGACCAUUCACCCUGCCGAGGUGUAUGCUGGUCAGAUUCUGAAGCUAGCACGAGCGCCCGCCCGCAGUGAGGUGUUGCACCUGUUCAACCUCCUUCCGAAGGAUAAACCCGCUCGUGGUGAGGGUACGGGAUGCGCUUUCGCUUGUGGCAUGUAUUGUCAGGGACCCUUGCUGGGCCUCCGGGCCAAUACCAAACGUUUUCCCUUGGCGUGCUCUGUGCUAGCUAGUUUUGUGAAGGCAAUCUCUCCUGAUUUUCAAUUUUCCACAAUCAACAUUUUCUUCAAUGUCAAGACGAGUCCGCACGUUGAUGCAAACAACGCUCCCAUGCCAAAUCUUGUUGCGGGCCUAAGCAAUUUUCAGGAUGGGCAAGUCUUAGUUGAAAGCUCAGGAGGCCCACGUGUGAUUGAAACCUCUUCGGGCAAGCUUCCCGCUGUUGCGCUGGAGGUGGCUAACACGCAUUCCAUCUUCGAUGCUUAUCGCCUUCGACAUGCCACUGCUGCUUGGCAGGGUGAUCGUGUCGUCCUUGUUGCCUUUUCGGUGCGCAAUGCCUGCAUGUUGAGCCCAUGUGAUCUGUCAACUCUACAGGAGCAGGGUUUUGCUCCCAAUCUGGAUGCUGUCUGCUCAACUGAUACUCCACCUGUUGUGGUGCCGCCAAUCAGCAGCAAGUGCCUACCUGCUGGUGCAGAACAGAGACUUCAGGGUCAUAGCCUUCAGUCGAUGCUGUUCCUUCAGAUCUUCUGUGGUGCGGGUCACCUGGCCGCUGCGGUUAAACGUAAAGGAAUUGGACAGUGCCUUGGCAUCGCCUCCCGUGUCACUGGUGCCACUCGGUGUCCUGUUCUCCCGCUUGACCUUAAAAAUGAAGAACAGCAUGAGCUCCUGUGGGAUGUUCUCAAUCGCGGCAACGUUUGUGGUGUGCACAUCUCGCCGCCUGCGAGUGAUGCACAACUUUGUGAGCUGUCGGCCCGGAUCCUGAAGUGGUGCCACGGCCGUGGCAUUCUCGUAUCAGUUGAAAACCCGGCUGCAAGCUCCGCGUGGCAAGGCCCCCUUGGCAAAACCUGCCUCGCCUUAGGCCUCCUCAAGACCUCAUUGCACCAGUGCAUGUUCGGGGAUCCUUGUGCUAAGCACUCAACUUUCUUCCACAACUACCCUGAACUUCGUAGGUUAGGAAUUGCUUGUGAUGAUUCGCACUCUCAUGCUCCCUGGCAGUCGGGUGCCUUGCACGUGUACCCACCUGACCUAUGCGAUGGAUUUGCUAGAGCAUUGCUUGAGCGCCUCAAAGCCUUUGGGUGUGCGCCAUCCACUGUGACUGAUGUGUCCAUGCACCGUGCUGCUCAGGUUGCUGCUGCCAAGCAGCCGAAAGGAAAACGCAUCCCGCCGAUUGUGCCGCCUGUUGCUGGCACUGUUGUGCUUCGAGGACCCGGUGCUGUCAUGCCACCCACUGGUGUCUUAAAGUCCUUUACGCCAUUGUCUUCAGAGCUUGUCGUCCUGCCGCCCAUGCAUGGCCUGCCUGCUGGAAGCAAGUGCCUUCGGUCAGUGCUCUUCGGGGGUGGGGCUGACCUUCCUUCGAUUCGGGAAAUGACUUUCUCCGUGCCAAAGUCUUGUGAAGAUUUUGUGCAGCAAGCAUGCUUCGCUGAGCAUCCCAAGCACCUUUACAGUGGCAUCCCUGAUGUACUUGCGAAGUGUGUCAGCAAAUGUGCUUCAGAAAGUUACGAGAGUCUUGGUCGGGAAAGGACUGCUUCACUUCGGCGCUGGGUGGCUAGGGCAGGGCAAAAGAGUUGUCCGAGCAAGUUGAUCCAGAUCCUCCUGUGGGUCACUGCGCGGAGGUCUUAA